AAGGUGUUGAAUUUGUGUCAGGUUGCCCGAAGAGAAGCUUCCUCCUCCCCGCUUCAGAUCACUUCUCUCAGUUCGACCUCUGUGAUCGCCGUUUUCUGUGGGCCGGCGUGAUUGAUUGCAAAUCCUUCUUUUCGUCUUCGUGAGCAUCAACACACGAAGAGUAGGACUCCAACCCCCUCAGAUUUCAUUUCUCUCUCUCUCUCCUGCCAUUGGUUUUCGUUGCUUGUCACUCGCCAGCCACUACUGCUCCACAAUUCACCUCUUCGUCAUCGCCAUAAAAACAGUAGUAGAGGAAAAUCUUCACCACCAGCCUUUUCCACUGCCACUGGACUGCUGUUGGCUGUGUAAUUUUUUUUUUCUCACAGGUACUUGUGUACUGACUCAGAAGAAGAUUGAUUCAUUGACAGCAUGAAUUACCUUCUUGGAGCUUUCAAGCCGGCAUGUAACAUCUUAAUCACAUUCAAUGAUGGGAAAAGUCGAAAGCAGGUUCCAUUUAAAAAAGAAAAUGGCCAAACAGUCACCGCCCCUCUUUUUCAAAGUCAAGAAAACAUUGCUGGGAAGAUUAUAAUCGAGCCAAUGCAAGGGAAAAAGAUUGACCACAAUGGCAUAAAAGUUGAACUGCUCGGACAGAUAGAGAUGUAUUUUGAUAGAGGAAACUUUUAUGACUUUACUUCCCUUGUACGAGAACUAGAUGUUCCUGGGGAUAUCUAUGAGAAGAAAACGUAUCCAUUUGAGUUUUCCACAGUUGAAAUGCCUUAUGAGACAUAUAAUGGGGUAAAUGUCAGGCUUAGGUAUGUUUUGAAAGUGACCAUCAGUCGAGGCUAUGCAGGAAGCAUAAUGGAGUACCAGGAUUUUGUGGUCCGCAACUAUUCUCCACCUCCAUCAAUUAACAAUAGCAUCAAGAUGGAAGUUGGAAUUGAAGAUUGCCUACACAUUGAAUUUGAAUACAACAAAAGCAAGUAUCAUCUGAAAGAUGUCAUCAUUGGCAAAAUAUAUUUUCUCCUGGUAAGAAUCAAGAUAAAAAAUAUGGAUCUUGAGAUUAGACGUCGGGAAUCAACCGGUUCAGGGACCAACACCCAUGUUGAGACAGAAACAUUGGCGAAAUUUGAGUUGAUGGAUGGUGCUCCUGUCCGAGGUGAGUCAAUCCCAAUCAGACUGUUCCUUAGCCCUUAUGAGCUGACACCAACUCAUCGCAACAUUAAUAACAAAUUCAGUGUGAAGUACUUCUUAAAUCUGGUGUUGGUUGAUGAAGAGGACAGGCGAUAUUUUAAGCAGCAGGAAAUCACGAUGUAUAGGCUGCAAGAAGAAACUUCCUGAUUGAUCAUCGUACAGGGAAUGGGUUUUAGGUGUAAUGAGCAUAGAAAUAACGAACAUUGUCAUGGACUUUGGAGAGCUGAGGUUUUAUUAGACGGUCACUUGAAACCCUUUUUAGGGGGUGCAAAAGUCUGGUUUUCUAGCAGUAAAAUGCUUGCAAAUUAUGAAUCCGUCUCUUGAUGCAGUUCUGAAACAUUUCGGCAUGCAUUCCAUUAUAGCAACUUACCUCUUAUUUAUGCUGUGAAGUGUGAUGUGGCCAAUCUUAUAUACUUUUGUAAGUUUUUUUUUUUUUUAACCCCUCCUGAUCCUAGUCAUGUUAUGCACUGAUCCAGAGUGUGAUGCUUUGUACUCCGACUUCUGUUUCAAGUAUCGUCCAUAACCACAUUCCUUUUUUGGUUUUGGGUUCUCGUUU